AUGAAUUCAGAUGAGGAAUAAGAUAAUUAUAAUGAAGAUUAGAUAAUCAAUUUGAUUUCUGCAUUGUAACAGAAAAGUAAUUGAUGAUGAAAAUUAGUAUAGUAAAGACUAAUAGAACAAAUAAUGUUUUAAUGAAAACUAAUAGAACUAAUGAUGGUGAUAAUUGGAAUGAGUUAAAGGAAACAUAAAAAGAGAAACCAUAAUUAAAUAAUUUUGUUAAUUCAAAUGAAUUUAGUUUACAAAGAGAAUAAUAAUCAAAGAAUUCUAGUAUAUCUGAAAAUUUGAGUGAUUUUAUAGUUAGAACUGAUAAAGGAACAUCGUAAUUGAAAAUAACUUAAUAGCAAUAGAUAUAAGAUACAAAUGAAUUGGUAACUGAAUCGAUCAAUUUUAGUCUGAGCUAAAAUAGAAAAUGGAUUAUUUAUUUAAUUAAAGAGAAAAGGAUUAAGAGAUGUUGGAAUAGAUAAAUGCAGGAAUGAUGUUUUUAAUAAGUUAGAUACCAAAACCAAAAUAAACAAAUUCAAUAGGAGUUUAGACUAUAAAUUAUAAGGAAAAUUCAUAAAAUUAAUGUACUCCGAAUGUUAAAAAAACUGCAUAAUAAACUGUAUAAUAAAUGUUUUAGGAAGCAGAUAGAUAUGCAUUUUAAGAGAUAAGAAAUUUUUGUUUUAAGCGAUGA